AUGGCUUACCAACGGAGGCGUUCAGAACUUCAACCGCAGAGGCCGCUUCUGCGGACUCAGACUGCUGGUAAUUUAGGCGAAUCAAUGAUGGAUAGUGAGGUAGUGCCAUCAUCACUUGUGGAGAUUGCGCCAAUUCUUCGUGUUGCCAAUGAGGUUGAAUCUAUCAAUCCAAGGGUUGCUUACCUCUGUCGGUUUUAUGCCUUUGAGAAAGCCCACCGGUUGGAUCCAACUUCAAGUGGACGAGGAGUCCGCCAGUUUAAGACAGCCUUGCUUCAACGUCUGGAGAGAGAAAAUGAGACAACAUUAGCUGGAAGAACAAAAAGUGAUGCUCGUGAAAUGCAGAGUUUUUAUCGGCAAUAUUACAGGAAGUAUAUCGAAGCUUUGCAGAAUGCUGCUGACAAAGCUGACCGUGCCCGUCUGACAAAAGCAUACCAAACAGCUGCUGUACUAUUUGAGGUUCUGAGGGCUGUUAAUUUGACAGAAUCUGUUGAAGUGGCUGAUGAGAUUUUAGAAGCUCAAGCUAAGGUUGCUGAGAAAACAGCUAUAUAUGUACCCUAUAACAUACUUCCCCUUGAUCCUGAUAGUGCAAACCAAGCAAUAAUGAAAUAUCCGGAGAUUCAAGCUUCUGUUUCUGCACUUCGUAACAUUAGAGGACUGCCAUGGCCAAAGGGUCAUAAGAAAAAAGCUGACCAGGACAUUUUAGAUUGGCUUCAGGUUAUGUUUGGUUUCCAGAAGCACAAUGUCGCAAAUCAGAGGGAACAUCUAAUUUUGUUGUUAGCAAAUGUGCACAUUCGCACAUUUCAAAAGCCUGAUCAGCAGCCCAAGUUGGAUGAUAGAGCCCUGACAGAUGUCAUGAAAAAGCUUUUCAAAAACUACAAGAAGUGGUGCAAGUAUCUUGGUCGGAAGAGUAGUCUUUGGUUGCCAACUAUCCAGCAGGAAGUGCAGCAAAGGAAAUUGCUGUAUAUGGGCCUAUACCUACUUAUUUGGGGUGAAGCUGCGAAUUUGAGAUUUAUGCCAGAAUGCCUUUGUUAUAUCUAUCAUCAUAUGGCCUUUGAACUCUAUGGUCUGCUCGCUGGAAGUGUUAGUCCCACGACUGGUGAGACUAUUAAGCCUGCCUAUGGUGGUGAAGAGGAGGUUUUCCUGAAGAGAGUUGUGACUCCAAUUUAUAACACGAUAGCUGAGGAAGCUAAAAGAAGCAAAAAUGGAAAGACGAAGCAUUCUCAGUGGAGAAACUAUGAUGAUUUGAAUGAGUACUUCUGGUCAGUUGACUGUUUCAGACUAGGAUGGCCGAUGCGCGAUGAUGCUGACUUCUUUUGGAUCCCUGCUGAAAAAUUUCACACUGAAAAAGAAGAAAUUGAAAGAACCACAAAUAAUCGCUGGAUGGGAAAGAUUAAUUUUGUUGAGAUACGCUCGUUUUGGCACAUAUUUAGGAGCUUUGACAGAAUGUGGAGCUUUUUGAUUUUGUGCUUACAGGCUAUGAUCAUCAUUGCUUGGAACAGCUCAGGUGAUUUGGGUUCUAUAUUUGAGGGGAAUGUAUUCAAGAAGGUGUUGAGCAUUUUCAUAACAGCUGCUGUACUGAAACUUAUCCAAGCUACUCUGGAUGUAAUUAUGAGCUGGAAGGCAAGGCACAGCAUGUCACUGCAUGUGAAGCUAAGAUAUAUAUUGAAGUUGGUUUCUGCCGCUGCAUGGGUGAUCAUUUUGCCUGUAACUUAUGCAUACAGCUGGCAAAAUGCAAGUGGGUUGGCUCAGACGAUCAAGAAUUGGUUCGGAAAUGGUGAAGGUUCCCCUUCGUUGUUCAUCAUUGCAGUUCUGAUAUACCUGUCUCCAAAUAUGCUCUCGGGGUUAUUAUUUAUUUUUCCUUCCAUCCGCCGCUAUCUUGAGAGAUCAGAUUUCAAGAUUGUGAGGCUCAUAAUGUGGUGGUCACAUCCUCGGCUCUUUGUGGGUAGGGGAAUGCAAGAGAGUGCAUUUUCCAUUUUCAAAUAUUCUCUGUUUUGGGUACUCCUUUUAGCAGCAAAAUUGGCUUUCAGCUACUUUGUAGAGAUCAAGCCUCUUGUGAAUCCAACAAAGGAGAUAAUGAAGGUGCACGUGUCAAAGUAUGAGUGGCAUGAGUUCUUCCCACGAGCAAAGAACAACUUAGGAGUAGUGAUUGUACUCUGGGCUCCAAUCAUUCUGGUGUACUUUAUGGACACCCAGAUUUGGUAUGCUAUUUUCUCCACUAUAUUUGGAGGUAUAUAUGGAGCAUUUCGUCGUCUUGGAGAGAUUCGAACCUUGGGUAUGCUGAGGUCUCGCUUCCAGUCCCUGCCUGGGGCUUUUAAUGCUCGCUUAACUCCUGUGGAGAAGACUGUAACUAAAAAGGGACUGAAAGCCACAUUUUCGCGCAAAUUUGAUGAGAUCCCGUCUAGCCAGGAGAAGGAAGGUGCAAGGUUUGCACAAAUGUGGAACAAAAUUAUUGAAAGCUUCAGAGAGGAGGAUCUGAUAAACAACAGGGAAAAGGACCUGUUACUUGUUCCCUACUGGGUAGAUCGUGAUCUAAACAUUAUUCAGUGGCCGCCAUUUUUGUUAGCUAGCAAGCUUCCAAUUGCACUUGAUAUGGCUAAAGAUUGCAUUGGGAAAGAUCGUGUUCGAGAGUUGAACAAGAGCUUAAAUGCAGAUCAUUACAUGCGCUCUGCGAUUCGGGAGUGCUACCUUUCAUGUAAAAGCAUAAUUAACUCUUUGGUUGUAGGUGAACGUGAAAAAGGAGUCAUAAAUGAGAUUUUCUCUAAAAUGGAUGAGCACAUAGAGAAGGGUGAUUUAAUUUUGGAAUUCAAUAUGUCUGCACUUCCUAACCUUUGUGAGCAUUUCGUUCAGCUUAUUGAGUACCUGAAAGAAAAUAAAAAGGAGGACAAGGAUCAAGUGGUCAUUGUGUUGCUCAACAUGCUUGAGGUUGUGACUAGGGAUAUAAUGGACGACUUAGUUCCUACAUUGCUAGAUUCAAGUCAUGGUGGUUCACACGGCAUGCAUGAAGGUGGUAUGACUCCUAUUGAAGAGCAAUAUCAACUUUUUGGCACUGUGAAGUUCCCAGUCACGGAGGAAACUGAUGCAUGGAAAGAAAAGAUACAAAGGCUCCAUUUGCUGCUUACUGUCAAAGAAUCAGCGAUGGAUGUACCCUCAAACCUUGAGGCUCGAAGGCGUAUCUCUUUCUUUUCAAAUUCAUUAUUUAUGGACAUGCCUGAUGCUCCGAAAGUGCGGAACAUGCUUUCCUUUUCUACCUUAACUCCUUACUACGAAGAGGAGGUCCUGUUCUCUAUAAAUUCGCUGAAGAAGCCUAAUGAAGAUGGUGUUUCAAUUCUUUUCUACUUGCAGAAGAUAUAUCCUGAUGAAUGGGACAACUUUCUUGAACGCGUUGGUUGCGGCGGUGAAGAAGAUCUUAUGGGGGACAUAAAACUUGAAGAAGAACUUCGAUUGUGGGCAUCUUAUAGAGGCCAGACACUUACGAAAACUGUGCGAGGCAUGAUGUACUAUCGGCAAGCUUUGGAACUUCAGGCGUUUCUAGAUAUGGCCAAGGAUGAUGAUCUAUUGAAAGGUUAUAAGGUUGUUGAAUCAAAUACUGAAGAGCAGCUAAGAAAUAAUCGAUCCUUGUAUGCUCAAUGUCAAGCAGUUGCAGACAUGAAGUUCACGUAUGUGGUUUCAUGUCAAAUAUAUGGCAUUCAAAAAAGAUCUGGUGACCCUAAAGCUACUGAUAUUUUGAGGCUUAUGACAGAAUAUCCAUCCUUACGUGUUGCUUACAUUGACGAGGUCGAGGAAACUAGUAAAGAUAAAUCAAGAAAUCAAGUUGAGAAGGUUUAUUAUUCAGCCCUUGUGAAAGCGGUCCCUAAGUCUGUUGACUCUUCUGAACCUGAUCAAAAGUUAGAUCAGGUUAUAUAUCGUAUAAAAUUACCAGGGCCUGCAUUAAUAGGUGAGGGAAAACCAGAGAACCAGAACCAUGCCAUUAUCUUCACCCGUGGGGAAGGAUUGCAAACCAUAGAUAUGAACCAGGAUAAUUACAUGGAAGAGGCUUUGAAAAUGAGGAAUCUGUUGCAAGAAUUUUUGAAGAAGCAUGGUGUGAGGAAGCCAACAAUAUUGGGACUUAGGGAGCACAUAUUCACUGGCAGUGUCUCUUCACUUGCGUGGUUCAUGUCAAACCAGGAACACAGCUUUGUUACAAUUGGUCAAAGAUUGUUGGCGAACCCACUGAAGGUCCGUUUCCACUAUGGCCAUCCUGAUGUAUUUGAUAGAUUGUUUCACCUAACCAGAGGUGGUGUGAGCAAGGCUUCCAAAACUGUUAACUUAAGCGAGGAUAUUUUUGCAGGUUUCAAUUCCACACUUCGUGGUGGUAAUGUCACUCAUCAUGAGUACAUACAAGUUGGUAAAGGGAGAGACGUGGGCCUUAAUCAAAUCGCUCUUUUUGAGGCAAAGAUUGCUAAUGGUAAUGGUGAACAGACGAUGAGUCGUGAUGUGUUUAGGCUUGGGCACCGAUUUGAUUUUUUCCGCAUGAUGUCUUGCUUUGUUACAACCGUGGGGUUCUACAUUUGUACCAUGGUUACCGUCCUUAUUGUGUAUGUGUUUCUAUAUGGUCGUCUCUAUCUUGUCCUAAGUGGGCUUGAAGAACAGCUGAGUAAUCAUCCAGCAAUUCGAGAAAAUAAGCCUCUUCAAGUAGCUCUAGCUUCACAGUCUUUUGUGCAAAUUGGACUUCUAAUGGCAUUGCCUAUGAUGAUGGAGAUUGGCCUUGAAAGUGGUUUUCGCAAGGCUUUAACUGAUUUUGUUAUGAUGCAACUACAGCUGGCUCCUGUCUUUUUCACAUUUUCUCUAGGAACAAGAACCCACUAUUAUGGGAGAACCCUGCUUCAUGGUGGUGCACAGUACAGAGGUACGGGUCGAGGGUUUGUUGUAUUUCACGCUAAGUUUGCCGACAACUACAGGUUCUAUUCAAGGACUCAUUUUGUCAAGGGCAUUGAACUGAUGAUUCUACUUCUCGUGUACCACAUUUUUGGCAAAGCAUAUAGGGGUGUUGUGGCAUACGUAUUAAUAACUGUGUCGAUAUGGUUUUUGGUGGGUACCUGGCUUUUUGCACCCUUCCUCUUCAACCCUUCUGGAUUCGAAUGGCAGAAGAUUCUUGAUGAUUGGAAUGAUUGGACUAAAUGGAUAAACAAUCAAGGUGGUAUCGGGGUUUCCCCUCAAAAAAGUUGGGAAUCUUGGUGGGAGAAAGAACAAGAGCAUCUUCAUUAUUCUGGCAAGCUUGGCAUAGCAAUGGAAGUAUUGUUGUCUCUGCGCUUUUUCAUCUAUCAGUAUGGGCUUAUAUAUCACCUAAGCAUCAUUAAUAAUAGCAAAAGUGUUCUGGUUUAUGGCAUUUCAUGGUUAGUGAUCAUCGCCAUAUUGAUGUUCCUGAAGGUUAUAUCGAUUGGAAGAAAGCGAUUUAGUGCUGAUUUUCAACUUCUCUUUCGACUGUUCGAAGGAUUCGUGUUCCUGUCACUGGUUGCUGUUCUGAUUGCACUAAUUGUAGUAACGCAUUUGACUUUUCGUGAUAUCAUAGUUUGCAUCCUAGCAUUUAUGCCAACUGGAUGGGGACUACUCCUGAUUGCACAAGCUUUGAGGUCAUGGGUUCAACAAAUUGGUAUAUGGGGAUCAAUCCGGACACUUGCACGAGGUUAUGAAAUGAUAAUGGGCUUGCUGUUAUUUACACCUGUCGCUUUCUUGGCUUGGUUCCCAUUUGUUUCGGAGUUCCAGACGCGAAUGUUAUUCAACCAAGCAUUUAGCAGAGGUCUGCAGAUUUCUCGUAUCCUUGGCGGGCCAAAGAAAGACAAAUCUUCCAACAACAAAGAGUGA